ACUCUAUCACAUUUCCAUCGGACGGGCACACUGCUCGCCAGAAUUCUUAUUCAUUGCAAAUUUAAUUUCACUUAAAUUCCUACGUGUCUCGUUAAGUUUGCAUUAUGGUCGACAACUUGGAGCCACUGGAGCCCAGCCUGCAGAAUCUCAUCGAGCAGGACUCGCUCAAGUGGAUCUUUGUGGGCGGGAAAGGCGGCGUGGGCAAAACGACAUGCAGUUCCAGCUUGGCCGUUCAAUUAUCGAAAGUUCGAGAAUCUGUGCUGAUUAUAUCUACAGAUCCGGCGCACAACAUAUCGGAUGCAUUCGAUCAGAAGUUUACCAAGGUUCCCACAAAGGUCAACGGCUUUGACAACCUGUUCGCCAUGGAAAUCGACCCCAAUGCCGGUCUUAACGAGUUGCCCGAGGAAUAUUUUGAAGGCGACAACGAGGCUUUGCGCGUCGGCAAAGGCGUCAUGCAGGAGAUGAUAAAUGCGCUGCCCGGCAUCGAUGAGGCCAUGAGUUACGCGGAGGUGAUGAAGCUGGUCAAGGGCAUGAACUUUUCAGUGGUUGUGUUUGACACGGCGCCCACCGGACACACGCUGCGUCUUAUUGCAUUCCCCCAGGUGGUCGAAAAGGGACUUGGCAAGCUCCUGCGGCUCAAAAUGAAGGUGGCGCCGCUGCUCUCUCAAUUCGUUUCCAUGCUGGGCAUGGCCGACGUGAACGCAGACACGCUCUCCCAGAAGCUAGACGACAUGCUGCGCGUAAUUACCCAGGUCAAUGAACAGUUUAAGAAUCCCGAUCAAACCACAUUUGUUUGCGUCUGCAUUGCCGAGUUCUUUUCGCUGUACGAGACGGAACGCCUGGUCCAAGAGUUAACCAAGUGCGGCAUCGACGUACACAACAUCAUUGUGAACCAAUUGCUCUUCCUACAGAACUCGCACGACUCGUGCAGCAUGUGCGCUUCCCGCUUCAAGAUCCAGGAGAAGUACCUGGACCAGAUCGCUGACCUGUACGAAGACUUCCACGUGACCAAGCUUCCGCUGCUCGAGAAGGAGGUGCGCGGUCCGGAGAGCAUCAGAGCCUUUUCCGAGAACCUUAUGAAGCCCUACGAUCCAAAGGAGAAGCCCAAGGAGUAGAGCAGGCCGUCCACCCCAGACCCAUCCCUUUGUAAGUUUACUCCCCUUAUCUGUGUCAACAAUAGUGCGUGAAAUAAAUUUGAGUUGCAAUGUGGAAA